AUGGGGUUUGGGGAUAAAUGGAUGAAGUGGAUGGAAUUAUUGGUUUUUAAUAGUAGUAUGUUGGUGCUUGUUAAUGGGAGUCCUACAAAGGUAUUCGAUGUUCACAAAGGGUUGAGACAAGGCGAUCUUCUCUCCCCGUUUCUCUUUGUUUUAGUGGCGGAAGGUUUCAAUCCAAGGAAGGAAGCUACUUGGAAUCCUCUUGUGCUAAAGAUGAAGAAUCGCUUAGAAGGAUGGACAAACCGCUUCUUGAACUUGGGAGGUAGAAUUACUCUUUUAAAAUCCGUGCUUAGUUCUUUAGCCAUUUUUACAAUGUCUUUUUUCAAGUCCCGUUAUGGAGACUUAACUUUGUAUAUUUUUGGGGACGGAAAAGAUAUUAUAGCUCAUUCUUCUUGCUCCCUUUGGUGGAAAGAUAUGAUUAAGAUUGGUUCUUCUUCUUCAUAUGAUCCUAUUGUUGUCAAUAGUAGGUUCUCCGUUCACAAUGGACUUUUUACUCCUUUUUGGGAAUCUACUUGGUUGGAUAAAAUUUCUUUGAAAGAGGAAUUUCCGAAAUUAUUUGAAGUAUCUAGUUUGAAGAGAGUCAUGUUGGGGGAGGCCGCGGAUGCUAACAAACUUGAAGAGUUGCUGGGUCGGUUGGAGGAUUUCGACGGGUGGAAGGACGGUAGGGAUUCAUUGAUUUGGUGUGGUAAUUCAGGCUUGGCUUUUUCGGUAGCGCCGUGUUAUGAGUUUUCUGAUCGGCUUCGGAUUCUUUAUGGUCCUCCUAAUAAGUGUGAUAGCUCUUUUGGGUUACUUUAG